GCUGAGGGGCGAGUCGCACCGUGGCCGCCGUCGGUCGGUUUUUCCAGCAGCUGUGGCAGCGUGCGGGAGCCGCGAUGGCAUGUGUUGCACCGACGGCGUUAACGGACAACGGUCAACUUUACACCUGAGGAAGACAAAACCGGAGAUCCAGUCUGAGUCCCGAGAUUAUGUCCGGAGCUUGUCGUGCUGCUGUGGAGAAAAGUUUACCAGGAGUCGGCAUACAGUCACACCAGCGGCGGUAAUAUGGCGGAGCGAAGCGCUUGUGAUGUCCUCAGCAUCCCGGUGCCCAUCCGUCGCGGCGGCUCAGAGUCCAACCUGGACGUGGUGGACAGCGUCGGGGAUGACGGAGUGGGCCUGGAUUUCACCAAGGGAGCGCUGGGUAUCGACAGCCUGCAGCAGAAGAUCCUCAAGGUGACGGAGCAGAUUAAGGUGGAGCAGACGGCUCGGGACCAGAACGUCGCCGAGUACCUGAAGCUGGUGAACAACGCCGACAAGCAGCAGGUUGGACGGAUACGGCAGGUGUUUGAAAAGAAGAACCAGAAGUCGGCGCACACAAUCGCCCGGCUGCAGAGGAAGCUGGAGCAGUAUCACCGCCGCGUGAAGGACAGCGAGACCAACGGGAAGCACAGCCACAAGGACGGCAGCAGCAAGGAGUCCGGGACUCACAGCAAAGAGGGCAGCCUGAAGGACGUCAGCGCCACCGGACGCCACCCGGCGCUGGAUAAAGUGAAGACGAUCGGGCCCGGGGUGUCGCUCUCACCGCCUUUCUUCUUCAACAAGUCACGGGAGUUCGCCAACCUCAUUAGGAACAAGUUCGGCAGCGCAGACAACAUCGCCCACCUCAAGAGCUCCAUGGAGGCGGGGUCGGGGCUGCAGGUGGAUGCCGGGGCGAGAGGGCUGAGCGGGAGCGCCACCACAGUAGCCAAGGCGACAAAGUACCAGAGUGACGACGAGUGCUCCACGGGGACGUCUGCGUCCGCCGAUUCAAACGGGAACCCGGCCGGAGGCUCCGGGGCGGGGUCUGGAGGUCCCGGGAGGUCAGACUCCAACGGGCGGCUCGGAGAGGUGCUGGAGAUGGUCCGGGAGAUCAGGGAGGCUCAGUCGCAGCUGGCCGAGGACAUGGAGACUCUGAGCGCACAGUUCAAACGAGAUUACAGCUACUUCACUCAGAUGAUGCAGGAAGAGAGAUACAGGUAUGAGCGUUUAGAGGACCAGUUAAAUGACCUGACGGAGCUCCACCAGCAUGAGACCAGUAAUCUGAAGCAGGAACUGGCCAGUAUAGAGGAGAAGGUGGCCUACCAGGCCUACGAGAGGGCGAGGGACAUUCAGGAGGUCCUGGAGUCGUGCCAGACUCGUGUGUCUAAGCUGGAGCUGCAGCAGCAGCAGCAGCAGACGGUUCAGCUGGAAAACACCGACGCCAAGGUGCUGCUGGGGAAAUGCAUCAACAUCAUGCUCGCUAUUGUCACCGUCAUACUGGUGUGCGUCUCAACGGCGGCCAAGUUCACCGCCCCGCUGCUGCGUAGCCGCCUCCACCUGGCGCUCACCUGCGUGGGCGUGUCUGUGUUGGCGCUGCUGUGGAAGAACUGGGAACAUUUACAGUGCGCUUUGGAACGAUUGCUCCUCCCGCACUGAUGCACGGAGCGCAGACGAGACCGGGAAACGUACCCUGGAGUUUCCGUGAGGUGUCGGGGAGGAGUUUACAUGUAGCCUUACAGCAGCCCUAACUCCCCAGAGAUUUCGGGCUCUGCGGUGAUUCACGGCUCUGUGCUUUGCAUGUCUAAAUCGGGUCCACACAAAGCCUUUCCCAGAAUGCUCCUCCACUGUAAUUCCACCACUCAGAUGUAAGCUAAUAUAACUGUGACAGAAUCUAAAGGUGCAAACACGUAACAUUUGCACAACGCUGACAAAAAUGUGCAUCACUACAGUCCAAAGUAUCAGACCACUAAAAGGUGAAUCAGCUGGAGCUGAUGGGCCGUAUUAUUCGGAUUGGUCACCUGUUCUCAGAACAUUCUGGAUCCACAACAGAAAGUCUAAAUAUAGAGGACAUCAUCGCUGCAUGGAAAUACAGCGAUUAUUUCCUGUCCUUAAAGGGAAGUGUAUCUGUGACAGCACCACCUCACUUUGGACGAACACUCACUGGCAGUUUGUGUCCAGUCUUGAAGCUGCAAACACAGGACGCCUCCUCGCACACCAGCCAGCUGUGACGACACAAAGACACACACACCUGAAGGUUGAUUUGUACCGCGUGUACCGAACCACUCUGUAUUUAUGUGACGUUUUCGUUUCUUGUCGGUGUCUCGUUCAAAACGACAUUUUUUAAGCCGUUGUUUUAAACUGUGCGUUUGUCUGAGUGUGCGUUCAUGUUGUGUACGCCAGCCUGUGUGUUGUUUGUCUUGUUUCACAUUUUGCGAAAUGUUGGCUGUCUUGCUGAGUUUGGUUAGAAGAUUGACGCCACGCUUGUCAAAAUAUGAAACUGUAGAGAUUAGCACAAAGACCGGAAACAAGGCGAAACGGCUACAGUGGCUCUUUUGGAAGAUUACAAAAUCCACCCGCCAACACCUGUAAAACCCACUAAUUAAGAAUUUAUAUGUUAUUUUAUCUAUAAAAGAUCAAACGUUAGCGUGUAAAUGGCCCCAUAGUGUAACCCAUAGGAUGUAUAAAAUCUUGGAUUUUAAUAAUAAGUCAUGAAAUUUUGUUGCGUAUUGAAAUCGUUACAGUAAUCUUCUGUGGAUAAACUGUAACAUUACGGCAUUUUUAAAAAUUUCCUGAGCUUCUGAUGUAAAAUAUAGCCCUUAUAUGAGUCGAUGGGUACCAUUUUGCUGGCUGAAAUAACUAUUAUGGGCAAAAAUAAAUAUUAAAAAUAAAAAUAAAAUAUUAAUUAUUCAGCUUUAAAGGUUCUCGCAGGUAGAUUUUGUUCCUCGGGGUAUCUGUUUCCCCUCGUUUCCAGUCUUUGUGCUAACAGCUCGUAAUUCGUGUGUCGAUCUUCUCAUCUUCUUUGCAAGAAAGCUUGAAAGCAUAUUUCCCAAAAUGUCAAACUCCUCCUUUUUAAAGUAAAGUUUUUAAACUGCCUCCUGUCUUGUUGAUUUGAUGCUUUGGGGUUUUUCAUCAUGUGAAAUCAGUUUGAUGUUUUUCAAGUUGCUUCUCAGAGCUAUUUGAGUUAAAAAAAAAACAAAACAGUUGAGUUGAC